GGGGAUUCCCCCUGUGUUGCAAGUUUCGAGAAUUGAACAUGCCAUAUUUAGUGUGAGGUUUUUUGUGAACUUAACAGAUGUACCUGUAUUUUUUUAAAUUGUGCGAUCUUAGUAACCUACAUAGCAUUAUUUUAGGAAACUGGAAGGAGGUUGCUUUUAGUAACGUUGUUAUGUUAAAAUGAGUUCUACUUACCGAAGAUAUCAAACGCACCAUACAUACAAGAAACAUAGAGAUGGUGAUGACAGUGAUUACUUGAAUUCCCAAAGCCCCCGACGUGACAGUAACCGUGUAACUCCUCCCCGCUAUGUUAAAGCCAGAUCUCGUUCUCCCAUACGACGACCAUUCUCCAGUACCAGUUCAUCAAAGUUUAGAAGUCCAGAUCGUUACUCAAUAGCAGAAAUCAUAAACAAGAAGCAUUCGCCUACAAAUUAUUCCACCAACAAUUGGUAUAAACACAACAGAAGUUACCAUAGUAGAUGGCAGCCACGUAACCACAAAACAAACCCUCAAGAUGAGAAACCCAACUUUAUAAUGGAUGUGGACCACCGGAUGACUAGAACUGUUAAACUAGAUGAAAGCAAAUCAUCAUCAGAAGAAAAAGCUGGAGGUUCUAAUACUUUAAGUGAUUCAAAGGAUCUUACUGCUAAGGUUUGGAUUGAUGAAGCUGAAAAUGUAUUUCGAUCUGACUGUAUUACAAUCUCAGAAGUUACGCAGCUGUUCAUUAAUGAAGAUGAGUCUUUAAAAGAGAAGUUACUACCAGUGAUGGAGAAAUGCUUGCGUCGAUUGUUGUCUUCCCAUUUAAAUCACCUCAAGGUUAUAAAAAGUAAAAAACAGCAAUCUGGUUGACAACAGCAAUUGGCAAAUGUACAUUUUCUGGGCCUGAUUCUUAACAGUAUUUGAAGCUGAAAAUGUAUCCUCAAUUCCCAUGAAUUUUCUUACAAGUAUGAUGUGUUUUGAUGCCACCACAGUGUCCAAUGGUUCGUUUGCCCAACUUUAUUUUGAUUAAAUCUUCAAUCUGUCUGUGUUCCAGUUAUACUGGCAUUUUGCCUAAAUUACCAUGCUGUGUUUUAACUGUGAUCUGUGCAAAACCACCCAAUUUACUUUGUCUAAAUGGGUCAAUUGAUUGGUAAUGUCAUUUAGGGCUAGGUUUGUUUAUUUUUAUUGGUAUUUUUUUUGCUCAAAUUGUUUUACAAUGCAAGUUUCUACUGUGUUGUAAAAUAGAAAAAAAAGUGAUAUUUUUUUUAUUUUGUCCCAAAUCAGUACAUUGCAUGCGUUUUAGAAAUACAGUGCCUAAUCUUCUUGUUUUUAAACAAUUAAAUUUAUAUUCCGCUGAAGUAUUUGUUUCCUUCAAAUCAAUCACAAAUCGAGUAUUUAUUUGGGUGGUAAAAUGACAGUAACCGGUGUCGUGAUCGUAAAUAAACUUUAGCUAUAGAAACAA